AUGCGGCGGGGCAAGGUGGAGAGCUGCGGCGGGUGACGGCUGAACCGGCUGAGGGAGGUGAAGGCCUUCGUCACCCAGGACAUUCCCCUCUACCAUAACCUGGAGAUGAAGCACUUGCCCGGCGCUGACCCUGAGCUCGUGCUCCUCAGCCACCGAUAUGAGGAGCUGGAGAGAAUCCCCCUGAGUGACAUGACCCGUGAGGAGAUCAACCAGCUGGUACAGGAGCUGGGCUUCUACCGCAAGGAGACACCUGAUGCCCUGGUGCCUGAGGAGUUCCAAUUUGCCCCUGCCAAGCAUCCCUCCAUCCUGCUGCCCCCUCAAGCUGACAGCAAGAUCCCACCUGAACGUGAUGAGCGAGAACACCCAGACCUCUAGCAGGGAGUGCCACACUCGAGAGAGGAUCCUGCAGCCAGUCCUCACUGCGCAGGGACAAGGGCUUUACAGCAGCUGGGGACAGUGCCCUGGGGUGGCAAAGUUGCCCCUGCUGUUUCUUGGUGCUGUGUAGCCUCUGCCCUGAGGUUGUCCUGGGUGGCUCUAGCCUUGAGCAGGGACUCCCUGGGCAUUGAGGACAUCCCAGGGAUCCUGUGUGCCUGUUGCUGUCCUCCCUGCCCUGUAGCCUGGUCGGUCUGGAGGGGCAGCGUUCUUCAUGCUCCCUUGCCAUGCCCUGAGGCUUAGCUGAUUCCUGGUGCUGGGCAGUGGUAUCUUACCUGCAUGGGACAGGAUGAAACCUUCAGCAGAAAGCCCCAGGUGCUGAGGGUAGAUGUGCUGAGUCCUAGAGGUGAGAGAGCUGCCUCCCGGGAGUAUGGCUUUACACCCCAGCAGGAUUGUCUUUUAUCAAGCUCCCAGUAAAGCCCUUGCAUACAA